AUGGCAACCAACAUCACUUGGCAUCAUAACUUGACUCAUGAAGAGCGUUCAAAGAUUAUUGGACAACCAGGUGCAACAUUGUGGUUUACUGGAUUGAGUGCCUCCGGUAAGUCUACUAUUGCCUGUGCUUUAGAAAGGAAACUUCUAGAACAAAAAAUCCAAACCUAUAGACUUGAUGGUGACAAUGUCAGAUUUGGUUUGAACAAAGAUUUAGGCUUCUCUGAGGCUGAUAGAAAUGAAAACAUCAGAAGGAUUUCUGAAGUCGCCAAACUCUUUGCAGAUUCUUGUACUAUUGCUUUGACUUCGUUCAUUUCCCCAUAUAAGAAGGAUAGAGAUUCAGCUAGAAAGUUACACGAAGACGCAAACCUACCGUUUAUUGAGGUCUAUGUGAAUGUUCCAUUAGAGGUUGCAGAACAGAGAGAUCCAAAAGGUUUAUACAAAAAGGCAAGAGAAGGUCUGAUCAAAAAUUUCACAGGUAUUGAUGAUCCAUAUGAAGCACCAGAAACCCCUGAAAUAGUUUUAAACACCCAUGAGAAGUCCGUUGAAGAGUGUGCUGAUGCAAUUAUUUCCUAUCUGAAGGAAAAGAAGAUAAUUGCCUAA